AUGGCCCGGCCGCUGGUGCCCAGCUCGCAGAAGGCGUUGUUGCUGGAGCUCAAGGGGCUGCAGGAGGAGCCGGUGGAGGGCUUCCGGGUGACCCUGGUGGACGAGGGCGACCUGUACAACUGGGAGGUGGCCAUCUUCGGACCCCCCAACACCUACUACGAGGGCGGCUACUUCAAGGCGCGCCUCAAGUUCCCCAUCGACUACCCUUACUCCCCUCCCGCCUUUCGGUUCCUGACCAAGAUGUGGCACCCCAACAUCUAUGAGACUGGCGACGUUUGCAUCUCUAUUCUCCACCCUCCAGUGGAUGACCCCCAGAGCGGGGAGCUGCCCUCGGAGCGGUGGAACCCCACACAGAACGUCAGGACCAUCCUCCUGAGUGUCAUCUCCCUCCUCAACGAACCCAACACCUUCUCGCCAGCCAACGUGGACGCCUCUGUGAUGUACAGGAAGUGGAAAGAGAGCAAAGGCAAGGACCGCGAGUACACGGACAUCAUCCGGAAGCAGGUCCUGGGGACCAAGGUGGACGCAGAGCGGGAUGGCGUGAAGGUACCCACCACGCUGGCUGAGUACUGCGUGAAGACCAAGGCGCCAGUGCCGGACGAGGGCUCAGACCUCUUCUAUGACGACUACUACGAGGAUGGCGAGGCUGAGGCCGACAGCUGCUUCGGGGACGAUGAGGAUGACUCAGGCACCGAAGAGUCCUGA